AGAUAAGAAACAGAAAAACUGAGAAAAACAAUACGUAUCAUGCAUGCUUAUCUCAUAAGUAAAAAUAUCAUACAAUGGAACUAGCGAAUGAAUUUAGCUCUGAAGAGUUAUCCCAGAUUGAGAACGAAUUCAAACGCAUGAAAGGCACAACAUAUCUGGAUGCUGCUGGUUCUGGUCUUUAUGGUGAAAAUCAAAUAAAAAAUAUUUGUGAUUUAUUGAGUUUGAACUUUUAUCCAAAUCCACAUACCUCGAAGUCAUCAGAAAACAUAAUAGAUCAAGUUCGUUUGAGAAUUUUGAGACAUUUUCAUGUUAAAAACUUUGAUGAUUAUACAGUAAUAUUCACAUCAAAUUGCACAGCAGCUUUAAAAAUUGUUGGUGAAACAUUCACAUUUGAUGAUAAUGGAAGCUUUUAUUAUCUAUCAGAUUCUCACACAUCUGUCCUUGGAUUGAGAGAAAUCGUCAAUACAAGAAGCAUAAUACAUCUUUCUAGAAGUUUCUUCAAAGAAGAUAACGUACUUGAGACGAUGAAAAAUUCAUUAUUUGCUUUUCCAGCUCAAUGUAAUUACAAUGGAUACAAAUAUCCAUUAAAAAUAAUUGAGAAGAUACACCUUAGAGAUAAUAAUUAUGUAUUACUUGAUGCAGCUGGUUUUGCGUCAACAAAUGAUUUAGAUUUAAAUUUAUUUAAAGCAGAUUAUGUUUCGGUAUCCUUUUAUAAAAUAUUUGGACAUCCAACUGGAUUAGGUGCAUUAAUUGUUUCGAAAAGAGGAGCAGAGAAGUUAAAGAAAAAGUAUUAUGGAGGGGGUACAGUAAAAAUUGCUUUGACACGGGAAAAUUGGCAUCAGAAAAGAGAUAAACUUCAUGAAAUUUUUGAAGAUGGGACUCUUCCAUUUUUACAAAUAAUUAGUCUCCAAAGUAGCUUUAAGUAUAUGGAAUCUUUACUUGGGGAUUCUUUUAUAAAAAGAAUUUCAAGACAUGUUUUCAAUUUAGCAAGAUACUUUUAUACGCAUUUGAAAAAUAUGAAGCAUUUUAAUAACGAGGAUGUUGCAGUACUUUAUCAUGACACCAUUUUUGAAGAUAUCACGACACAAAGUGGAGUAGUAAAUUUUAAUUUGAAGCAUGCAAACGGUAGUUUCAUUGGAUAUGCUGAAUUUGCAUCAAUUGCUGCACUCCAUAAUGUAAUUAUUCGUACUGGUUGCUUUUGUAAUCCAGGGUCAUGUCAAACCUUUCUUAAAUUGGAUAGAGAAGAUUUGUUAAAGCAUUUUAAUGCUGGUCAUGUUUGUGGAGAUGACCACGAUUUAGUAGAUGGAUUUCCCACAGGAUCAAUUCGUGUUUCAUUUGGAUACAUGAAUGACAAGACGGAUGCCGAUGUGCUUUUAGAAAUUAUAAGAAAAUACUAUGCUCAAACUGAGGAAAUGCUAUUUCAUAAAACUGUUUCUGUUCAGAAAAUUGUUGACAAAAAUGCUAAACCAAUUUUACAAUCUAUUAGAAUUUUUCCUAUUAAAUCAUGUGGACCUAUGAUUAUAAACAACGAAUGGAAAAUAACAGAAAGUGGAUUACAAUACGAUCGUAAUUGGAUAAUUAUAAAUGGAGACAAUGGAUCUGCACUUACACAAAAACAUGAACCAAAAAUGUGCCUUAUCAGACCAUUUGUUGACGAAGCAAACAAUAUCCUUCGACUAGAAUUCCCUUACAUGAAUUCUAUUGAAAUUCCAUUGAAUACAAAGGGCGAAGAAAUGAGAAGUGCUUCUGUAUGUCAAACAAAAGUAUGCGGUGAUUACAUUAAUGGACAUGAUUGUGGGCAACAAGUUGCAGAAUGGCUGAGCAAUUCUCUCGCCAUUAAUAAUUUACGAUUAAUAAGACAAAACGAAGAAGUAGAAAGGAAAAGUGGAAAAAUUGCAUUAGCAAAUCAAGCCCAAUUUUUGCUUAUCAAUAAAUCUUCGGUCCAAUGGCUGAUGGAUCAAGUUGAGAUUUGGGACUAUAAUAAAGAUGUUGAUAAUGUAAUAGAUAGAUUUCGUGGGAAUUUUGUUGUUGAAAAUAUAGAAGCUUUAACUGAAAACUCGUGGAAAAAAAUAAAAAUUGGAAAGAAUACCUUCGAAGUUCAAGGUUUGUGUACGAGAUGUCAAAUGAUUUGCAUUGAUCAAAACACAGGGGAAAAGACUGCUGAACCAUUGAGAACAAUUGGAAAAAUCUUUCAAGGUAAAACAAAAUUUGGUAUUUACCUAAGAUUACCUUCGAGACCUGAAGAAUGCUACAAUCAAGCAAUAAAAUGUGGUGAUGAAAUUUUUGAUAUUCUAGAAUAAUUUUUUUCCGGUUUCUACCGUUUUUAAAUACAUAAUAAUAGACGCAUCAAUGAACAUUACUAAGAAUCGUAUUUUAAGAAAAUAUAACAUAAAGCAACAAGUGUCUAUCAGGAGAGGAGAGUAUUAAAGAGAGAAUGAAUUUUGUUAUUUGAAUAAAUCUGUUUAAGAAAAAAGUAA